AUGGACGUCGACUACGUCAUGCGCCGCAACGCCGUCGACUUUGGCGUCCCCCUGUUCAUGGAGCCCAAGUGCAUGGCCGAGAAGCUCCCCCGCCCCGAGGGAAUCCCCUCCGAGGUCCGCCGCUGGUCCGACUUCAUCGGUGGCAAGCCGCUGUAA